AGAGAAUGGAAUCAAAUAAUCCAAGAGAGAGAGAUUCUCUCUUCUCACUUCAUUUUCCACUAUUUUUUCUGAGUCUCUUCCAUGGAGACCAUCUUCUCUCCUCACUCAUUCUGUCCUCUGUUCAACCCCAAAUCAUCACAAUCAUAUACCCUUUUAUCUCCUGCUCUGCAACCCAGGUCUACUUCUUUCUAUAUCACCAGACCCAUUAAUUCAAGUCUCAAAAAAUCAUCUCCUCCAUUGUUCAAAAACCAAUUUUCAAUCCCCAAAAGCUGGGUUUCUCAUCUUCGGCAUGGAUUAGCAGCUUUAGCCCUCUCUUUUGCUAUCAACUUUUUCCCAGCUUCCCCCAUUGAUUCAGCAGUUGCAUCUGAAUUUGAUGUCCUCAAUGAGAGACCACCACUAGAAUCAUAUGUUGUGGACGAUGCUGGUGUUCUUAGCAGAGUGACUAAAUCUGAUCUGAAACAGAUUCUGUCGGAUUUGGAAUCGAGAAAGAACUUACACAUCAAUUUUGUGACAGUUCGUAAGCUUACUAGUAAAGCUGAUGCUUUUGAGUAUGCUGACCAAGUAUUGGAACGUUGGUAUCCAACAAUUGAAGAAGGUAACAAUAAAGGAAUUGUUGUGCUGGUUACCAGUCAAAAAGAAGGGGCAAUCACUGGUGGUCCUGCAUUUGUCCAAGCUGUUGGGGAGAAUGUUCUUGAUGCCACAGUAUCAGAAAAUCUUCCUGUCCUGGCUACAGAUGAAAAGUACAAUGAGGCCAUGUAUACCACAGCCAAACGGCUAGUUGCUGCUAUCGAUGGAUUGCCAGAUCCUGGUGGACCCAAGUUUCAGGAAAACAAACGAGAAUCCAACUUCAAAAGCCGGGAAGAAACCGACGAAAAACGUGGGCAGUUCACUCUUGUAGUUGGAGGUUUGUUAGUAAUUGCCUUUGUUGUUCCAAUGGCACAGUACUAUGCCUAUGUCUCCAAAAAGUAAGUGAUCUGUAUAUAACAUUAGAUUGUACAAAUUCUUAUAUAAAGCAUAUAGAGUUAACAUAAGAUUGUUCAUUACAGGACAGUAACAGAUUUUUGAAUUAUAUCAAUGAAUAUGUAUUUCAAUAUCA